CGCGGUACCCGCCGCCUCCUGAGGCGUGGCGGCGGCCUGGCCUUGCUCGUUAUGUCCCGGGCGUCCCCGCUGGGCAUUUCCUCUGGGAAACUCCCCACCUCGUCCCCGGCUUAAAGCCAGUAGCGGCGUCGGGAGCUGGCCGGCCGCCCCGGGGGAGGUUUCUGCCCUUGCCCUCGCCGCCCCGGCGGUGUGUUGCUGCUCGGUGGCCGGUGCGGGGAAGCUGCUGGGGCCUCGGGUAUAGGCUGGUGACGUGCCACCCUGUGCCUGGCAGCACCUUGUUCCCGUGGGGUCGCCUUCAGCUGCCCUGGCCUCCCUGCUGUGCCCGGGGCCGUGCCCGGGGGAGGCCCGUGGCGAGUGCUGGGCCGGGUUUGGGAGCCCUGGAGCCGGCGGGACAGGGGGGUCCUUAGCACCGCGUCUCCUCAGCCCCUCAUAACCGGGGUUAACCGCCGGUCUGUGCUGGGCACCUCUGUGUCUUGCAGAAGUAUUCAACAUCAAUUAAAAUGUCUUCUACCAAACCUCCAAACGAAAAUGAAACACCCAAAGAGAGGAAACCAGGACUGAGGAGUGUUCAAACAACUAUGCUGUUCCGAGCAGUGAACCCAGAGCUUUUCAUUAAACCUAACAAGCCUGUGAUGGCAUUUGGACUCAUAGCAAUUACCCUCUGCGUGGCCUACCUUGGUUAUUUGCAUGCAACUGUAGAGAAUAAAAAGGACCUCUAUGAAGCAAUUGACAGUGAGGGGUCCAGGCAUGUGAGGAGGAAAACUUCCAAGUGGGACUGAGGACUGAAAGGAAGGAAGUCAACAAAUCAGUCGCCGAACUUUUCAAGGCAACACUAUUUUUUCUCUGUCUAUUGAAAGAAUGUCUUUCUUGCUAUUUAAUCCAAUUUAAGAUCCUUUAUAAAAUGCUGUGCGCAUACAAAUAAAUUGCAAUUGAGAUACAUAUGAACAUAAAAGUGCUUUUAAGAA